AUGGAGCCCGUGGAGAUGGACAAACAGACGACACAAAGCGGUGGUGGAGCGAGCAGGCGGUAUGGAUCCAGCAGCUAUGCGUCCAUGGUUCUUGUCCCCGGCGGCAGAACUUUUGUGAUCUCGCCGGUGGCUGGAAACCUGGUCGCAAGCACUAGAUUUCUCACGAGCGACGAGACAACUCGCGAUUGGAUUGUGAUUCGGAAAGUUUCGGGACUGACGAUCCAGGGCGGGGGCGUUUUGGACGGGAGAGGAAAACAAUGGUGGCCCAAAUCAUGCAAAUUCGACUCGACCCAACUUGGGUGCUAUGUACGUGUGUACAAACAGUCGCUCGUCCUUCACGACUCGGAAAGGGUCCUUGUCGACGGCUUGACCCUUGUCAACAGCCAACAGAUCCAUUUCAGUAUCUUUCACAGCAGCAACGUGACCGCCACCAAUUUGAUCGUGUCUGCCGCAAGAAAGAGCCCUAACACCGAUGGCGUUCACGUCCAGGGCUCCAAGUUCGUCAACCUUGGCACCAUCACCAUAGACACAGGGGACGAUUGCAUCUCCAUUGGAGCCAACACAUCUCACGUCUCCAUGCGUGACAUUACGUGUGGAGCCGGACAUGGAAUCAGCAUCGGAAGCUUGGGAAAUUACAAGAGCGCGGCAUUUGUGUCCAACAUCUCACUGGACGGGGCCCUCCUCGCCAAUACAACCAAUGGCCUCCGGAUUAAGACAUGGCCGGCAACCUCCAUGCAGGGUGGCGUUGGCCUCGCUACAGGCAUUAGCUUUCGAAAUGUGCAGAUGGACAACGUCAAGAACCCUAUAAUCAUUGACCAGUUCUACUGCGACAUGGAAUCAUCUCCACAGGGAUGCGUGAGUACUCGACUUUAGAAAGUCUGGCCGAUUUUUUUUUUUAUCUUCCUCUUUUGGUCGCAGGGAGAGGAUCAUGGAAGCGGCGUGGAGGUGCGAGACGUGGUGUAUGAAAACAUCAGCGGGAGCUCUGCCACCCCGGUGGGGGUCAAGCUCAACUGUAACCAUCCUUGCACAGAGAUCGUCAUGAGCAAUAUCCGGCUGAUUCAAACGAGGGAUGGCU